AUGACAAUGGAUGGCUCGAACUGCGCAACUGCCGCAGAAAUUGAUACGCUGGCAAAAAGUCUGCGCUUGCAACUGAAAGAAUGGGAGCAAUCUUUCGCAAUGGCGCAUCAAGGUCGCAAAGCUGGACGCGAAGACAUCAAGCAGCACCCCGAUAUAGCAUACAAGUACAAGCAGUAUGAUAGACUGCGAAGAUCUUCUUCAAAACAAGCCACCCCUCACAACACCACUCCCUCGAGAAAGCGGCCUACUACCAACCCAUACCCUGUGCCCUCAGCCCGCUCUCCAUACAAGCGUCCGAAGCACGCUCACUAUACCCACCCCUUAACAAGUCGCUCCAGUGACCCACCGUCUCCUACGCACGUGUCUCCUAGGAUCCACCGCACGUCGAUCGGGCCUACACCUCAGAAGGAUGGCCAAGUCCUCGGGCUCUUCGAUCAACUUUCCACAUCCUCAAACUUGCAGACACCUUCCAAACGAAAAGCGCUUCGCUCGGUAGGAGGCAACAUGCUAGCUACACCCUCCAAGCGUCCCCAACCGAAGGAUCGAAAGGACACAGAUAGAAUGCACCAAAAUUCUCCCAUAAGCGGCACCAAGAGCGAGCUUCUCAACGAUCUUUUUACCCCUUCUACCCGCCGCACAACGGAUUGUUCCACUCCAGCUUCGCGGAGUGGAGUAUCGAAACUUCGCUCCGACGACACACCUGCCUUUCUAAGGCGAGAUAGCCAGCGCGCUGACGUGGAAAAGGAGAAUGUCUUAAGAGAUGAAACGGGAGUCUCAUGGAGUCCAGUAGCCAUCCGCAGACUGCCCAAGGCUGCUGGCCGAGGUCUGAGCGCACUCGUGAGAGGAUUGCGGCAGAUGGAGGAUGAAGGGUUGGAUGAAGAGUUGGAUAUGCUAAGAGAGAUGGAAAGCGAGAUUACUCCCAGAAACCACUUGGAUCAGCCCAAGGUCUUUGUCAACGAUAGCCAGAGGCCGGAUAUGCCUCUUGGGCCCGACGGCGGCCUUGAAAGCGAUGAAGAUGGCGUGGAAUAUGCGAACGAAGGAAAAGGAAGGAACGGCAAGCCAUUGAAGGUGUGGAAGAAGAAGGGGCAAAAGCGGACGACGAGAAGGGUGCUCAUGAAGCCGAAUACCGCAAAAUGGAAGCCCGAACCGGCUUGGAAAGUUGGCCAAGCUAAUAGAGAUGAAGAAGAUGGUAUUGCUGAGACACAGACCGUGAGUGCUGAUCGGUCGAUAGACUGGAAAGAACGUGGCUGCGACAGCGACGAAUACAAAGACAUAGAAGGUAGUCAAGGAGCAACGAGGGCUGAAAACGGUAAGAGGGAUGCGGUUGACAAGUUGGGAAAGAAAGAAGGAUUAGCAAAGAAAGUAAAGAAGAAGAUCAGCGCAACAGCGCAUGCCAACUUCAGAGCGCUUAAGAUCAAGAACAAGCAGUCGAAGGGGAAGAAGGGUGGUAAAUUCGGUCGGAAACGGUGA